AGCUCGAAUUUACUUUUAAGUACCAUAUACAACUAGUUUUUUAAUUCAAACUAAUAAUAACGUUUACAAUCCGAUAAUUCGAGAGGGCAAACAGCACAGGGAGGAGUGGCUGGGUGGACGGCCGAGUCCGUCGGAGACGAAGGAAAGAAGGAAAAAAAAACCCGCGCGCGCCUAACUGUCCGCGAAAAGGGCAAGGCGGAACGCAUGCAUCGCAUUGCGUCGCAGAGCAUCCGUCAAAAGCACGGCACGUCUCCAACAAAUCUCGCUUGCCUUAAACGGGCGGCGUGACGGGGACACACUGCCGACGAUCGAACGAACGAACGAACGAUGCGUCCCUCCUGGUGCUCCGUCGUCGCCACCCCAGAUGGGUCUCCUUGAGGACCUCCUCCUCGCCCCGCGCGUCGACGGCGGUGGCGGCGGCGACGGCGAGGCCAUGGCGGCGCCCGACUACGCCAUCCCUCCCCUCUCCCCAACCGCCGCCUCCGUCGUCCACCGAUGCGCCCGGAUCGCCGGCGUGGAGGUGGAGCAGCUGCUGCGGCGGUUCGAGCCGGAGAAGGGGGACCAGCCGCUGGCGUACGCCAGGAGCGUCGUGGAGUACUGCUCCUACAUUGCCCUGCGCGUCGAGACCAAGCGCCAUGACUACCUCAGCGACAGCGAGUUCCACUCGCUCACCUACGACAUGAUGAUCGCCUGGGAAGCCCCCGACGACGAGACGGACGCCGCGUUGCAGAAAAUGUCAUUUAGCUUCGUUGACGGCAAGGAUGACGACGAUUGUGGGUCCAUGUUCUGUUUGAGCCCCACACAAAUGGCCAUUCAGGUUGAUGGGAGGAGAACGGUCAGUCCUGAAGCAUUUGCCAAGAUUAUUCCUGCGUGUCCUGCAAUGGCACACGCGAUCACUGUUCGCAACUUAUUUGAUGCGCUCACAAACUCUACGGGAGGCCGCCUGCAUUUUCUCAUCUACCAUAAGUACCUCAAAUGUUUAGACAAGGUGCUGAGAUUUGCGAAACGUAUAUCAGGUGGACACAAAGCUCCAGCUCUUCAACUUUCUGAUGGAGAAGUGAUCCUUGAUAUCUAUGGUGCCGCGACAACCAAGCCGAUUCUUCAACACAUUGGGACGUCCACUUGGCCUGGGAGGCUCACACUGACAACCCAUGCUUUGUACUUUGAGCCAGUCAGUGUUGAUUUCUCAUACAACGAGGCUGUGGUGUAUGAUCUGUCAAGGGACUUGAAGCAGUCUAUAAAACGUGAAUCAACUGGCCCAUGGGGUGCUCAGCUAUUUGACAAAGCUGUCAUGUACAAAUCUAGCUCUACAAGAGAGCCGGUGUUCUUCGAAUUUCCUCAAUUCAAAGGUCACACUCGUCGAGACUACUGGUUUGCAAUCAUCAAAGAGGUGUUGCACGCUCACAAGUUCAUUAGGAAGUACAGGAUGAUCAAUUUACAUAAGGCCGAGGCGCUUUCUGUUGCGACACUAGGAAUUCUCAGAUACCGCACGGUGAAGGAGGGAUUCCACAUACUGCCUGCACAUUUCAAGACUACCCUUGCCUUCAAUUUGGCAGAGAAAUUGCCCAAGGGGGACAAGAUACUGGAAGCAUUGUAUGGUCAGAUGAAAGAUUAUUCCUCAAGGUUCAGAGUAGAUGAAGAUUCUGUUCAAAGCAGUUCAGAUGAUCUGACGCUUGCUGAUCCUUUCCCACUUUCUGCAUAUACUUUGGUGAACAUGGGUUUGUUGACACUCAAAGAGGAGGACAAUCCCGAGGAAUGGGAUCUCACUGUCCGAGAUGUGCAGACGGGAGGAACUAGCUCAGUGCAAAUGGCUCUAGAGAGAUCUGUAGGUUACUCUGGCAGAGUGGAGGCUGCGAGGGCGACCCUUGAUCAGGUCAAAGUGGAAGACAUCGACACUAAUGUGGCUGUCCUGAAGGAACUGCUAUUUCCGUUAAUUGAAAUAGGCAAAAGGCUUCUCUUUUUGGCUGAGUGGGAAGAUCCACUUAAAUCAUACGUCUUCUUGUUCUGUUUCCUCUUCAUAGUUUACAGAGGCUGGAUUUGGUACAUUUUCCCUGUCUUUCUGCUUGGUUCUACCAUCUUCAUGCUAUGGCAAAGGCAUACCGGGAACGGGCAGAUGAUAGGCGCAUUUGAAGUCACAACUCCACCUAGGAGACGAACUGUAGAACAGCUACUGGCGCUGCAACAAGCUAUCUCGCAAUUAGAGGCACAAGUGCAAGCCGGAAACAUUUUUCUUCUCAAGCUCCGAUCCCUCCUGCUUGCAGCGUUCCCUCAAAGCACGAACAAAGUAGCAGCUACAAUGCUCGUGGCAUCUGCGAUAUUCGCGUACCUGCCCUUGAGAAGCAUACUUGUACUGAUUGUGCUGGAAGCAUACACGAGGCAUAUGCCGGCGAGGAAGAAGAGCAGCGAGAAGUUGGUGAGGAGACUGAGAGAGUGGUGGCUGCGAAUCCCAGCUGCUCCUGUACAGCUCUUGAGGCCUCAGGAUACCAGGAGAUGGACAUCGAGGUUGAGAUCGAGAUGACCCACAUCGGAAAUGUCGGUACUUUACACAUGUAUUAUAUGUACCUGUAAAUUCAUCAUGUUGUUAGAAAUGUUGAUAUAUACGAUCAGAUUUUUGUGUUGAAAUGGAAAGUACAUAUUGUGCAAAAUGGAAUUGUGGGUGGAUCGUAUUUUGUAUUGUGAAUUUUUGUUGAAAGCUGCACUGAAGGAAUUUGGCUGUCUA